AUGGUUUUGAGUAGAGCAACAAGUUUACAACUAGAUAUUAACGAUGAACAGAAUGAUAAUGUUGAUUAUAUUGAAGAAAUUAAGGAGAAUAUUAGAGAAAGAGGCAAAGGCCAAGAGUUGAGUAGUAGAACUAGAGGUCGACUGUUUGAAUGUUAUGACGACGGUCAUAAUAAAUUGGCAAAUAUGACCAUGCAACGUAACAAUCCAAAUCCAAUCACAUACACAAACACUAAUAAUACUAUCUCCACUAAUGGGACAGCGACUUUCAUUGAUGAAAGUCAUUUAUAUUAUAACGAUCAGAGUCAUCAGAUGUCAACGUUAACUCUAUACGGAAAAUCUACAACACUUUCAACAACGACAACGAAAUGUAUGAUAUCAACAAUGAAGACAACAGCUACUGUAAAUGGCAUUGUAGAACCACAACAAAAUACAGCUCAAAUCGACACAUCUUCAAACAAUAGCACCUGGCGCGAUCAUAGGCAAAAAUCACUGAAAGAUGAAAAAUUUGAAACCAACACAGACAAUCUCAGAUUUAACGACAAGAUUAACUUCAAAAAAAUCACUCCUGAAAUUUGGAAUGAUUUCCAUAAUACAUUAUGGGACGAAUAUUAUUCCAAUCCCAACACUACCCGAAUUCCUUAG